CCUUUCUAGUUUCCUGCAGACCAGUUCCCUGGAGAUUAGUUUCAUGCUAGACUACAGUGUAUUACCUGAGAACGCUUUCUCUCUCUCUCUGAAUAAGUGUGCAAUUCUGUAUGAUAACCAUUAUCCAUUACUGUGCCCUCGUGCUCUGCCGACUGAGUGAAACCGGGACUUGACAGUUUUGAGCUUGUUCUCGACCAGUGUAGCUGUUGCAGACGUGUAUCUACAACCGAUUGGCAUUUAGAGAUUUGUACAUUGAGCUGGACUCUGUGCAUAUCAAAAUGUCAACGCCCGUUUACAAGCGAACCCGUUCCAAGGUGGCCUCUACUCGGGGCGAUGAAGGAAUCCCUCAAGCCCUCCCGACAAUUGAAACUAACAACCGAUUCGCGACCCUCUCCGAUAAUGAACACCCUGGAUCACCGAUUUCCGAAGGCCUAGAUCAAGACGCCAAACAAGACGAUUGCAAUCCCAAGAAGCGACAUGGGUCUGCAAAAUUCGCUAUCAACGAUAUGUCCGGGCGCAACCUAUGCAACGUCAACCUGGGUUUUGUUGAACAUGCCAACAUGGUGUCCAUGGAGGAGUUGAUUGAAAUGUUCGAACGCCAUUCCGGCUACAUGCCGCAAGUUUUAGUCGGAAAAACAAGCGGCAUUGUUUAUCGUUGCGGGGAAGCGAAGCUGAUCGCACCAUGCGACCGAGUUUUGGUCGUCCAAACUCAUAGCUUCUUUUCCAACCCUGUGGAGAAGUACGAAGAGGGCCUCAAGCUGUCGACGGGACUCCACAACAUCGAAGUCCGUGAUACAAUGUGCGGACGGUCUGCUUUUGCCGCAAAUGACAUUUCGGAGGGAGGAUUCGUAUGCGAGUAUGUGGCGGCAAAGCCAGAACUUCUGCCCGAGGAAGUAAUCAAGGCCAGGGAAGCAGAGUACGAAAGGCGUGGAUUGGGCUGCUACAUUCUGCAGUGCCGGCAAGCCUCCUCUCAGCUUGUGUUCGAUGCGACGGAAACAACACUGGCUGAGAGCAGAUUUAUCAACCAUGCCCCCAAACGUUCCCGCAACAACAAUUUGCUCCUCAUGAGCGUUAUUGUGGCGAGAGGGCAGAAGAGGGUGGGUUUUGUGUCAAAAAGGAAUAUAAGGAAAGGAGAAGAGCUUUUCUUCGACUACGGUGUGCGGGACAAGGCAUUGCCCUGGUUGUCGUCCCGAGCGUUAGCCUCAGAGAAAAGGCCAGCACGAUCAUCAUCAUCAUCAUCAUCAUCAUCAUCAUCAUCAUCAUCAUCAUCAUCAUCAUCAUCAUCAUCAUCAGAGGACGACUCCCCUCCGAGGAAGGUCAUCCGACUUCCUUCUUCUUCUUCUUCAUCAUCAUCAUCAUCAUCAUCAUCAUCAUCAUCAUCAUCAUCAUCACCAUCAUCACCAUCAUCAUCAUCAUCAGAGGAUGACUUCACUCAGCCACCUUCCUGUCCACCUGUCAAGAGGAAACGAAUUUCGUCGUCGUCGGACUCCGAAGUGGAGAUUGUGGCUGUAAAGCCAGCUCAGCGUAGGACGACAUAUGUCUGUCCCCGAUGCGGAAAGCAGUCCAACCGCAUGGCCGAGCACCUCUUGAGGGCCCACAAGAUCCAGUCCUUGACCGAAAGACAGGCAAUCAUUGACGGGUCCGAAAAGAUUGAAUCAACAUCCCCACCUUCACCAACCCAACCACAACAACCUAACACAACAACACCCCUACCAGCAUCCCAACCUCCUACGAGAAAAACAAUGCACAAAACUACAACACAACACACGUCUGCCGGCAAGGGACUGCAGCGAAUUUCUCGGCAUGACAUUGCGAAACAAACGCAAAAGAAGAAGGACUUGGGCCUGUCAUGUAUGCACCCUAUUAGCGGAGACCUGGUGGACUUCAAAGACUGGCUGACUAGUCCCCUUGGGAAGAAGACCCUCUUUGCGCAGUCCACGCAAGCGAUGUACCUGACAACAAUCCGGAAGAUAGCAAUGUUCGUGGACAAGGAUUGUGUAUCUGUGGCCAAUAUCCUAAACACCAAGGCUUGCUCGAAAUAUUUGGAGGAGGUCAGAGCGUGCGGGGUCGGGCCAUCAGGGCUAACGACGGCGUGCGAUGCCCUGUUGGCCGCCCACAGUUUCCUUAAAGGUACCACGGACGACGAACCCCAGCUAAAAAAUAUAAAAAAAUCAAAAAAAGACAUUCAAGCUGUCCGUCUCGUCUACCUGAAGCUGAAGAAAACGCAGAGUUUGCUGCGCAUGGAGGACGAGGCAGACAAGGACGCUGACCUCUCCUCCAUCUCAGCCUUUCUCAAGAACCCCGAGGUAACGGAGGACAUCGAGCGCUUGAUGUCUGAACCUCCGACACCAGACGCACACCGACACCUUGUCCACUACCUCGCGGUGGCAUUGGCGUUGGCCAAUGGGCAGAGGCCGAGUGCAGUCGUCAACAUGACCCAUGAUGAAUAUCAGAAAGGACUGAGAAAAAUGGGUGACGACGGCAAACUGGUGGUGGGGGUGAGAAAUCACAAGACCGGGGCUACCCACCUUGCGUUUGUGUGCGCAGACGGGAUCCAGUUGCGUGCCAUGAUGCACUACAACGAUCAGUAUCGGAGACUGAUGGCCGCCAGCAGCGACGCCUUUCUUCUCCUCCCGAGCGGUGGACAGAUUGAGUCCAAGGACCAUAGCAAAAUGGUGACCUGGAUCGGAAAGAAGUACGGACUCAAGAUGUCCACUGCAACGGAGGGGAGGAAGCUCAUAGAGUCAAAGGUCCACGUCAGCAGCGCCUUCUCUGAAGCUGAUGCGAAGCGAGUCAGCAAGGCUUUGUGUCACUCAGAGAAGGUUGCUGCUGAGCACUACAAGAACGUUGGCGCAGCACAACAAGCCUCAGAAACGCACGCCCUUCUACAGAAAGUGAUCUCACCGAGCCCUGCUGUCGCCAUCAAUACUUCGUCUCCCCUGUCAUCUCCGAUGUCCACAGCCCCAAUUCCCACUUCCCUCCACGUGUCGUCCCAGCCUCAACUCACCUUCUCUUCACCACCUAUCACCAUCCCUGUCUCAUCCGUCUUGUCCGCACCUGAACCCAAGUUGUCGUCAUCAUCCCCUAUUACUAACGUGUCGUCCCGGCCUCAACUCACCUUCUCUUCACCACCUAUCACCAUCCCUGUCUCAUCCGUCUUGUCCGCACCUGAACCCAAGUUGUCGUCAUCAUCCCCUAUUACUAUCCCUGUGUCAUCCCUCUCGUCCGAGCCCACACCAACAUUGGAAGAAGACCCUAUUGCGCCGCCUGCAGCUGCUACUGUUCAAGGUUCACUGCUAGGAUACCUUCAUCCGAAGCCAGCAGCCAAAAAGGAGCGGAAAGCAUUCACCGAACAGGAAGACGCUAUCAUCGUCAAACGAUAUUCCUUGAAAAACCAAAACGCACCUCCAAAAAAAACCUUUUUAGCUGUAAAUUGUCCAGGACGAAACGCCCAGCAAUUGGUAGAUAGGUGGCGGACAAUGAAGAAGCAGUCACCAAAUUAGAUACAGAUAGUUGUUUUUAUCAGCUUCUAAUUACUUUAUUUGAUAUUUUCUAACUCUUAGCGCCCGGAUCACUUCCUAAAAAUCUUCUUCUCACUCAAUCAUAUAUAAAUAUAUUUUAGAUGCAACGGUGAGAACCUCUACGUGGUUGCAUCUAGGACCUUCUGCAUUGCAGAUGCCAAUCUCACCAAAAACGUUAAAACCUUUUUGGCAAUAUCACAGGUUGCCAAAUGCCUUCUGCCAAAAUUU